AUGUAUUUUCAGAAUGCCGAUCUUCGAUCGAUUCCAUCGACGUCUUCGUUGCAAUCUCUAAGUUCAUCACCGAAAGAAAAUUCAGAUUUCGAACUAUCAGAUGAUUAUUUUCCCUUCUCCGAGCUACCAUUAAAUGUGCAGAAGAAAAUUCUUUCAUAUCUGCCCUUAAAAUGCCGUGUUCGAUUGGAGCGUGUUUCGAUGACCUGGAAACGGCUGCUAAAUAUCUCGUGGCAGAACAUCACAUUCGCCGAUAUCCCGUCCACGGUGACGAACUCAUUCCAAAUUCGACCCAUCGAUGAUCAUCAUGUUUGUGGAUUCCUACAGAAAUGCGGACCAAAUUUUGCCGGUUUUUUUUCCAGUAUCUGUCAACGAUGUGUAAAUUUGCGCGAAUUACGUCUGAUAACGGAUGUGAGUGGUUGUGCGAUGACAAAUCUGCUCAAGGAGUACAGCCAUCAGCUGGCCCAGCUCCAGUCUCUCAGUAUUAGUUAUCAAGCUCAGGACGAACUCAACAAUGGCAUGCGUGCUGUGGCUCGUUCGAUGACCGAAUUGCGCACAUUUCGUUUGGAUUGCUAUACAAUGCCAGCAAAUGUAUCGGCUCUUUUCCCGAACAGCCCACAUAUGAGAGUUUAUUCGUUGCUUCUAAAACAGGAAUUGAGAUUAUGGAACAGGGGAUAUAUGGCAUCAUGCCAAAAUUCUGGUGAACGAAGAGAAACUGGUGACAGUAACGAUCAGCGGAGAGAUGAAUCGAAUGUUGGCGUAACAAAUUCGGCAAUUGCUGGAGCGUCAAAUUUGCACUACGAAUGUAAAUAUGUUCGUCCGGAGUUUGUUGUUGAUUUCUUUGCUUAUUUGGGGGAUGUGUAUCUCGAGCUUGAGCAACUUGAUAUCUCAUUCGAUACCAAUUAUCCGGUGAACGAGGAACGAAUUUAUCAUUAUUUAUGGUAA